AUGCAAAAAUUCAACGUGUGGUCAUGUGAAAUGUCUUCUGCUGGAAAAGGUGUCUGUGGAUCGAAUCAGUGGACUGCAGCACGGGAGUCCAUCCCAAAGAAAAUCAACAAGCUGGAUGAGGAGGGGAUGGAGGUGGCUGUCUGUCGGCAUGGUGUGCUGCUGAGAAGUCUGAACAUGAUGAGGGGGGAAAUAUUUGCAUAUCCUUUGUUUCUCCAAAAGGAGCUGACUCCAAGGAAUGUUCAGUUCAUGUGCACUGACGUAAUAUGCAAGUACUGGCCAUACCUGCAGAGAGUUGUUAAUGAUUGUCCAGAGCUUUCUCCUCUCCUGCACAUGAAGCCAUUCCUGUCAGUGAUGCAUGCAAAGGCCCACUCGUGGAAAUGUGAGAUUAAGUGGGGUGGCCGAAACCAAGAAGGAGAAGGCACCACCUUGGGUGAAGAGGUGGAACAAGUAAACAGCUUCUUGUCGAGAACUGCUAUAUGCAGUAAAUACAUGACCAAAGGAGCUAGGACAGACAUGAUUACUAUCCAGGCCAUGGCAUGGAAUCAACGCAAAAUUGACAACCUUGCAAAUGUGCUGUCACGAAGAUUAAUAAAGACAAAAGCACAAAUUCAGGAGGAGUCCCUAAACCUUGAUGCACUAAAGACAGAGUUUGCAGUAACAGAUGACACGCUUAAAGACUGGACCAGUGAAAUCCAGCAGUGGGCUGAUACAGCAACAAGUAAGGAGAAUGCAAGCAGUCAACAGGGACUCCAGAAGACAAUUGAGACUCUUUAUGUGAGCAUCAGGCAGAGGAAGCGAGAUCUUUACCGUCAAACAGAUGGAAACAAAAGAAGACACAAACUCCGUAGAAAAAUUUUGGAGGAAAAGGCCAAAUUUAGUGCAGCUGUGGAUGAGUACAACAGGGAAGCACCUGAAAAGCUGCAGUCAGCCGACUCAAUUCUGGCAUGUGAGAGCUAUGCAUGGGCAUGGGUACUGGAUGAGCGUGAUAAUCUUGUCACCAAAAAAAGGGCCUUUGACCAACUGAUGCUGCUGAAGCGCCUUACCGAAGAGGAGUGCAUUGUCCUGAAUGAAAUCAGGAAUCACUGGAAAAGCCUCAAAAGGGAUCUAUCUCUUCUAAAUGACCUUUCAUGUCAUGUUACUGUUGAUAUAACAAAGAAGAAACAGGACUCUGACCUUUCCAAAAGUGGAAUUCUGGGACUUCACGCUCUACUACAGAAACUAUGCUACCUAAAAAGUCACAUAUCCUCGGUUCGGCAGCUGUAUGGUAGUGUCCUAGACAAUUGUGAGGUGUGUGAGGAACUGCAAGAUGAUGAUUACCUUGACAUGGAUGAGGAUUAUAUCCAGUAUGGUUCAGAGGAUGAGGAGGAGGAUGAAGACGAAGUUUCAUUUGAAAUUUAAAAACCUUGUAAAUCAUUACUGUGAAAAAACUGAGCAACAUACACUAAUUUAUGAUACUCAUUUAAUUUCCAUUAAAUCUUAACUGUCUAUAUUACUUGAUAAAACACUGACAAGGUGUUGUGCAAAUGUGUAAUCCUACUGUUAAAUUCUUGUUUUUAUAUUAAAUUUCAUAAUUUACAUGGUAAAAAUUACACUGUAAAAUAUUACUUGCAUUCACUAUUAUUUAUUGUUAAAUAGCUUCUUGAUGUAACCUGUAAUAUUCAUGACUAUAUGUACAAUGUUUUACCAAAAUGUACCAAAUUCAUUACAAAUUCACAGAGAAGCUCCCAACCAAUUUUGUUGAGUGUGCUGCAGAUUUGAUGUAAUGGGGUAGAUGUUUGAAAAUGCAUGUACUGUAUGUGUUUGCAGUGACCUGUCCAAUAAAUGUGCUAAACUGC